AUGCCCGUCGAUAGUCUCGAUGACGGAAUCAGGCUGGAGACCGCGUGGAUCGAGGCGCUCAACAACUCGGUUUCAUACUUUCGAGCGCUGCUGAGCUCGUCUGGAAGCUCGGCAUGGAAGCGGGUUUCCUCGAAUCCCGCCACACCAGGCAGCCCCGUGCGUGAGACGAGUGGUAGCGCCAAGGGGAAAGCAACAUCGCUUGGCUCUAUCACGACGAAGGAUGUAGUCGUCCACAGACGAAACGGCAAGGGCGGUGAGGUCUUUCGGGCUGUCGUUGAGGUCGACUGCGGCUCGGACGUUAAUGUCGACACAUUUCGAGGGUGUCUUGCGACCCCCGAAACCAGGGCUGUUUGGGAUCGUAUGGUUGAAGACGCACAGCUCCUAGACCUGCUGGACACAAAUACACGAGUGACGAGAACUAACUAUCGAUUGGGAUGGCCUUCGAGGUAUCUGAUGGCCGCGUUGCUUCCUGCUGACAUGCACAGCCCGAGAGACGCGGUGACCAUCUCCAAAUCGCUGGUUGAUCAACACACGCUGAUCGAUGUGUCGACUUCAAUUCCGAGAUCCCGUCACGAACCCGCUUAUCUUCGACCAGCCCCUCCCCACGUCCGUGCCAAUGUGUCUCUCAUGGCUUGGUGUAUCCAGCUUCCCUCCAACUCCUCUCGCUCUGCCGAUCCCCCCCUGCCAGAGGGGAAAGCACGGAUAACGUGCUUUUGGUCCUGGAACCCCAAAGGAACUUGGGCUGUCGGAGGUGCCGUUCCACAGCAUUUGCCGACCGUGUUAGUGGGACUGGUAAAUCACAUCAGGGAUGGCAGCGAGAAGGUUCCUGUCCUACUGAGCUACGGCAACGACGUUAGCAUUACGGGGCUUCAUUACGAUCCGGGCCGCGUUACGCUAUCGGCCAAUUACGCUGUGGUUCGCAGCGACGACGCGAAAGACGGAACGAAGCGCCAACUCGAGUUCGGAGUGUCCUCGACGCAAGGUUGGGAUGUCCAGGUGCUCGUCAAGUCCCAGAAUGGGGAGGAGUCACCCUCCCUGUCGUGGACCUCCUUCGUCGGGCAGUCGCCACCUUCGAUAUCUGGAUCAGCUCCACCGAAACGAUUGGUCCUGCGCCUCCUGCACUCUCAAUUGCAGCCUGGAGAGGAGCUGGUACGUGUCAAGGUAACCAUAGAACAGACGGUGGCGUCGGCGGAGGCCGCGGCACAGGUCAAGGUCAACGGUAUCCCGGUUCCCGUUCUGCCCAUGACCACUACACCCCUCAAGGAGCUCCUGGGCGGCUCUCCUGGAGACAGCGCGAUGUCAUUGCCGACCGUCGACACAGCAAGCAGUCUGCGAACAGGCUCGGAUGAUUCGACCGAACGUCAGCGUCUGGCGCGGAAUGGCCGGAGCUCUGCAGUCGAGCGAGGAAUCAACAGCCUGAUCAAGAGGAACUACAUCUACUUCACGUCGCUCCUGCAGGAACCCGAGCAAAAGUGGCGGCCAGUGGCCGAAUCCAAGGGUGUCUCCGUCCACCAGCUGGACUCGAUCGAUCGAACCCUGGUCGUUUUCCGUGCAGAGGCAGUGUUCGUCGGAGUCAGCCUCUGGGAUCUCUUCGCCACCAUCACGACACCUGGGGCACGUUACUGGUGGGACAAGACCUACGAUGAGGCGCUCUUGUUGGAGGACGUCAACGAGGUCACAGACGUUUGGCACUUCAAGUCGAAGGCGUCGUGGCCGGUAUCUGCUCGUGAUUCCAUCAUGGUGCGCUCGACGUACAAGUCGCCUACCUCGGUCCACAUCUUUGGCUUCUCCACAGAGGACGAGUCUCUGUUCCCGGUACCACCGUCAAUUGACCCCAACGUCAUCCGUACUCAGAUCGAUCUGCAAGGAUGGUCGAUCGAAGCGCUUUCACCAAACACCACGCAGGUCACUCUGCUUGAGCAAAGUCAUCCGGGAGGCUGGUCAAACAAGUCAUCAAUUCCCCAAGCGACGAUGACUACCCUGGCGGGGCUAGGCGAAUUCGCGAUCAAACACGGGGCGCCACCUGUCGCCACCCGUCUAGGUGGCGCAAAGGCGGUAUCUUCGAACUACGACCUGGACAAGGAGACAUACCGGUUUGAAUACGAGCCCGCCGCCACGCGGCGAUCUUUCUCGUCGAGCACCAAUACUGCCUUUUCGCCUCCAGGAACUCCUGAUCUUAGAGGCGACGGGAUUAGCACCUUCUCUUUCGAUACUUCGGACUCGGGCCGCAGCAUUGAGUGUGGGCUUCGCAUCGACGCGGACACAUGGGCGAACAGCGUUUCAGUCCUUGUCGACCCGCCACCAAAGAACGUCUCUGCACUCAAGCGUCACCGCCUGUCUCCUAACUGUGGAGGAUUGUGGAUCACUGUGGAGCACGACGCUGCCUCGCUGACCGACCGAACCGUGACAAUCACCGUCCGCCGCGGACCGCAGUCGGCCACCGGAAAGGUAUCCUUGACUGUCAACGGGUCUAAACUCAAGAUCGACAACGAAGACAUGACGCAAGCAGAUGUGCAACAGCUCAAGAAGCAGAAGCGGUCGAGGCCAUCGCGUAGUGCGCUGGAUCAGCCUCCCGCCCUAAGUCCGAUGCGGAAGCGACAAAGCACUGCAUCUCUCCGCGGUGCUGCGCAGAAUGGUCAACCGCAGGGACCGCCGAAUGGUUUCAAGCCUUUCUACGCACCGUUUGCCCGACUUUACAAUGCUGCCGCCGAAUCGACACGGUCAAUCGUGCCUCUGGCUGCUCCGUCCCCGGUACCUGAGUCAGGGACCUCGCCGGUGGACGCUGCGCUUACUGCGCUGCGUCAGAUUUGUCGCAUCAACGCAGACCGCGACGGUGAAUCAACAGAUCCGUUUGGCUGGCAGCCUGUUUCGGACCGCGAUGGACUCAAGGUCGAGAAGCGAAUCGUGUCUCACGUUUCGGACAGCAUUUCCGUGUUUAGAGCAGGACGGAUCAUCGAGGGUUUCACAGCAGAGGAAGUCUCGUCAGCGGUGUCAUCCUUCCGCAAGGACGACUACUUCGAGAAGCCGGUGCGACUGCAAUCAUAUGGCUACGGUAUCACAACUACAAUGGCCACCGCACAUACGUCUUUCCCGUUCCGUGACCGUCUCGCCCUGGUUGCAACCGUUGUUGCCCGCGUUGGUGACUCACCGCCGACCUCUCCAUCCGUCGCCUCUCAUUCUCCCCUAUCAACCAUCUACCAUGCGUCCACUUCAUCCUUUGAUCCCUCGACUCUGGGUCUGGAUGCUGCGAAGUACAACCCCAGCCAACUCUCGCCGGUGAACGUGAUCAUCGAGGGGUGGAUCCUGGAGACGAUCGACCCUUACAGCCACGAGCAGUACGCAAUCCCAUCGACGAGGUGCAUGUACGUUGGAGCUAUGGACUACAGCGGCAACAUCCCCAUCUCUGUCAACAACAUGCUCAACGCCGGCCUUCCCAGGUCACUCCUCAACAUUGAGAACCUGCUCAAAACACAUGGCCCGCCGUCUCGCUCGCGAUGGCCGCCUAUGUGCGUCCUUGUGCCCGAGACGUCGGCCCGCGGACCAUGGGGUCUGGAGGGUACAGAGUCGUACAAGGUUCCUGUUGACCAGGUCAACGAUGGAGACGACUACGUUAUCACCGUCACCGUUCAGCCCCCAACCUGUCGUGACCGUCCGCACCCUUCGCUCAGGCACGCUGAUAGUCGCGGCUCGAUGGGCUCAACCAUGCGGUCGCAGGGAGUCAACCUGACUGAAGACGUGCGUCGCGGCCGGCGUGACCUGAUCGUGGCGGAGAUCGAUGUCGCCAGUGACUUCAUCAAAGGAGGAUGCGAGAUUGCGAUCCGCGCCGUCUCUCUGCCUGAGGCGUAUUAUGGCACCGGAACAGAGUCUAACAUGCUCCCUUUGACCUUCCCCGGAGACAAGCUGAGCCUUCCGUUCCGCUGUACCGUGAUCUCGCUUCAGCCCUCGGUCUUACAGGCCGCAUCGUUGGAUCCCAAGACACAAACGCGGCAUCUUCUCCGCAUCACCCUUCCCACUUCUGGGUACGAGGCCCCCGUCAAUGAUCCACUGACUGGCUCAACGUCCCCUCUCCCUCGCCCCCGAUGGCUGCUCGAUCUCAUCAACGAUGGCGCGGUGGUCCAAGUGCGCCUCCAGGGCCGGAAGAAGGAGCCGCCCGCGUACAUGUUCGAGGGUGCCGAGCUCCAGAUUGAGGAUGAGCGCAAGCUCAUGCCCACCCAGCAGCUGAAGGAACCGUCCAAGCUGCGGCCACCUCAGCUGGUCCCCGCUUCGUCUGCCGUGUGCACGACCAAGCUGGACAAACCCCUCGCCGCGUCCAAGGAGUACCUCCCGGACAAGCCCCUCGUCACGCCCGCGGUGGUCGAGGAGGAGGAGGACGCCGAGUCCGAGUCGACCAAGACACCGACAAACGAGCCCGCCGAGCCCGAGAAGAAGCUCGAAGUGGAUACGAAGCCAAUCCCGUCGAACGGCGCCUCAGAGCCCGAGCCGAAGACGGCCCCUCCGGCGCCCUACUCCCGCUACAAUUUCUGGCGGUACGGCGCGCUGCGUUUCAGCUAUUCCGCCCCGGUGUCGCAGGACGCGAGCCCUGUCAAGUCGGCGGCACCGCUGCCGAGCGUGAAGGCGAGCGUUGCGACGGCGGUGCCUGGGCCGUCGAGUGCGUCGGUGGCGACGGCGACGGCCACGAAUGGAGAACAGGCCGAGCGCGCGACGAGAGAUAGGAUCCCCCUCACGCGCCAGAACGUCGUCAGUGUCCCACUGCCGGCGGUCAUCAUCCUCUGCGUCGUCUGCUUGUUACUGGGCUCGUUGCUCCGCUCGCUCAUCACUGAGAGCGACUUUGUCAUCUACUCCAAGCCCGGCACUGAGCCGCCCGCCGGCGAGAUGUGGCGCGAGCUCAAGCGUCUCGGCGAGUGGAGGAUUGGAUGGAACCGAGACCUGAUUGUAGCACUAGCACAGCGGCGCCAGUAG